AUGUCAAGUACUGCAGCGCCUGAGGUGGUGCAGGCCGACCCCAAUGAGACGGGAGUUUACGAGAUCGAGAGUUUAUGCAUGAAUUGUCGCGAUGAUGGCAUGACUCGGAUACUUCCCAUCAAGAUCCCCUAUUUCAAGGAUAUUCUCCUCGAGUCGUUCUCAUGCGACCAUUGCGGAUGGAAAAAUAAUACCGUGAAGAGCGCUGGUCAGAUCCAAGAGAAGGGAUCGAAAUUUACAUUCAAGUUAGACAAAAUGAGCGACUUCCAGAGACAAGUGGUUCGAAGCGAUACGGGCAUCUUUAGGCUUGAAGAUAUUGACCUUGAGAUGCCGCCUGCACCAGGCCAAUUCACGAAUCUCGAAGGAAUCAUCUCAAAGAUCAAGACCGACCUGGAACUCGAUCAACCCGAAAGAAAAGAGUCAAGUCCAGACCUAUACACAGCGCUCGAAUCUAUCAUUGAGAAGAUAGGCAAAAUGCUAGCGGGGGAUGGCUUUCCUGUGACAGUAUCUUUAGACGACAUUUCGGGGAACUCCUUCAUUGAGCCUUCACCAGAGGAUAAAGGGCCCAAGUACAGCCGACAUGAUUACUUGCGCAGUCACGCAGAGAAUGCCAAACUCGGCCUGGUUGCAGACGACGAUGCUGAAGGGUCUAACGGAGACGGAAUGGAAGGUGUGGAUAUUGUCGACAACGAAGUGUACGAAUUGCAGACCGAGUGUCCGGCUUGUUCGAAACCUUGCACCGUAAACAUGAAGAAAACGAAUAUCCCUCAUUUCAAAGAGGUCAUCAUCAUGGCCACAGUAUGUGACCAUUGUGGCUACCGGACAAGCGACGUGAAGACAGGUGGGGCCGUACCUGAAAAGGGCGAGCGUAUCACGCUGGCGAUUCGGACGAUCGAAGAUAUGUCCAGAGAUAUCCUAAAGUCAGAGUCCUGCGUCUUGAAGAGCCACGACCUUGGCUUGGAAGUGCAGCCUGGAACACUUGGUGGCCGCUUCACAACCGUCGAGGGCUUGCUCACUCAGGUGCGGGACCAAUUACGUGGCCAGAUUUUCGACGUUGGUGUCUCCGAUCUUGCCCAAGGCGACUCCAUGGCAUCCGAGACCAAAGAUCGAUGGGACAAAUUCUUUGAUAGGCUCGAUCAAGCUAUCAAGGCAGAAUUUCCCUACACGAUAACCCUCGAGGACCCGUUAGCGAACUCCUUUGUGCAGAAGAACGUCGACUCUGGAGAAGAUCCUCAAAUCAAGACUGAAGAAUACGAAAGGACGGAGGAAGAGAUGGAGGAUCUAGGUCUCAAGGAAAUGAAGACAGAAGGUUAUGAAAACGACGACGCAGAAUGA